AUGGACACCAAGAAUGAUACUAUCUAUAUAGUUUGUUUGCCUGAUAGUAUAGUGAUUUUGUCCUGCAGUGCAAUCUCUGAAAAUCUAACAGACUACGGCCAAGGUAGGAGUUCUUCUGCUCUCACAAUUCUGAAAAGCAGGAUGUCUAUAUUUAAGUUCCAAGUUAACUCUGUACAAUGGACUGCAAAACGUGCAAGAACCCUGAAGUAAGGCCACAUCAAUGCUUUUUUGCAUUGUGGAGUGGUUUGGAAUCACCUGAGUUUUGUUACAAUCCUUUUGUAUGCAACGUGUGUUACUUUGGUUGCAGCUCAGGGUAAGGAGCAGACACUGGCCUUCAUUGCACGCUAAGAAAAUGAUUUAUGGUUAACAGAAUCCUGUAAAGCUGAUUUGUUGCCCCCUUGAAGCAUUCCUGAAAAAUUAAAGGACUCGUGUUUCACAGUUUAAGAAAAUUUCAAAAUCACUGAGCCCCAAAUCUCUGGCGAGUUUCUGCUCUUCAUAGAAAAAGCCACACACAAUGGCCUCUUUUCAUCUGCCUUCUCUGGAAGACUCUCUUGGAAACUCUUGCUGCUGCUAAGGAAAGCUGUAUGACUAGCCUCAGCUGAGAUCUUGCCCUCUCUUUCUGGUGAAAGUUUAUCCCCCUUGACCUGCUGGCUGGCAAUUCUAGGAACCUUAAAUUGAAGUGCAGAGGAGGUAAGCUGCAUAAAGAACAGCCACUGGCAUGGUGGAAGGAUCCUUACUGCUAAGGAUCUACCAAAGCGGCCCGGCCAAUUCUGCUUUUACUCCAUAGUCAGCUGUUUUCUUUCGACUUUUCCUGAUAGGGAAUGAAAACCAAGCUGUGCAGAGCAGGCUUGGGCUCCAGGUCUUACUUGGCCUCUGUCUGCUUCCACUGCUGCUUGGCCUCCUCUCCCUUUCCUGCCCAAUUUAAAACCGGCUUCGCAUUUCACACAGGGUGAUGACACUGCUCUGGCUUGCACUAUUCCCGAUACCUCUCUCAUGCUGUGCGCCUCUAAAAUCAGGAACAGAAGUCCUCUACAGAGAAUUAGGGACAAAAAGUCUUCAAAUGUUUUCCAUAAACAAAAGAAGGAAAUGAUUAGCUUUAAGGGAUUAACCAGUCUUUCUGCAAUAUGUAUGUAUUCAGAAGAUCUGGAGUUUACUUGUGCCAUGGAACCAGGAUGAACCCGGAAGCAGACAAGCUCUGAAAUCAUUUUCUAAGAUUCCUGCAUUUUCUAUUUUGCAGGAGGGCCAUUAUGCUCCUGUCCUGCUUGUAGGCUUCUGGUUGGCCACUAUGUGAGCAGGAUGCUACAUGAUCCAACAGGGACUUUCUUGAUUUUGAAAGUUUAUGCAAUGGGUUUCGGUUGAAGAAUUAGAAGAGGAGGUGUCUGUUUGAAAGAUUUGGGGAGUUGAGGGCCCGAUUCUCGACUGAACCUCCCUAAACCACACAAGCCUCCAUACUUGAUUUCUGCUCCCUUUCCCACACUUGCCAUGCUGUUUCUGAUUUUCUUUAUGGAAUAAAUAAAUGAUUCAGCAACUAGGGUAGGGCUGAAAUGGAAGGGUACAGGGGUACCAACUUGAAUAAAAUAUUGUGGGUGUCCAGGUCAGUCCUGCCCCACAUAAUCAAUCACAUGAUGCAGUGAACACACACUAUUAGAAUGGGAAUGCCCAUCAACUUUGUGGGGGGCCGGCUCACUCAAAUAUUUUAUUGUGGGGGCCGAAGCCACCAUCACCCCUGGUACAGUCAUACCUCUUGUUACGUUUGCUUCAGGUUAAAUCUUUUCAGGUUGUGUCCCACGGUGACCCGGAAGUACCGGAUAAGGGUUACUUCUGGGUUUCGCCACUCGCGCAUGUGCAGAUGCUCAAAAUGACAUCACGCGCAUGCGCAGAAGCAGCGAGUCGCGACCCGCACAGACGCGGGUUGCGUUCUGCUCAUGUUGCGAACGGGGCUCUGGAACGGAUCCCGUUCGCAACCAGAGGUACCACUAUAGCUGACUCCUAUGGAAGGCUAUGUCCUAUUCCCUGCACUUUACAAGUUUGUCCAGCUGGCCCUGGAGUCAUUGUAUGGAAGUGGAAUGAGCAACAGUAUCACAAUCCUACAAGUGAUGACCAGUCAGAUCAUUUCACACCAUUAGAAAUGUUUUCUGUAGCCUUUGUAGCAAAUAUUUUCUUUUCUCAUGGUUUACUAUUCUGCUCAAUGCAUGCGCCAUUUGAGUGCUCAUGAAACAAUUUAGCAAGCACAUGAAAGCAAGGAACCUUCUCUUGCAUAACCACCACCAAGAUAAGUUGGAGCUGCAUCAUGAAACAAUCUGAUGCAUUUCUGAAUUUUCCAACAGCUUUUGCCCAAGGCGACUGUUAAACUUGGGACACAGGAACAAUUUAGUCUUUUAAAAUAUUGUUCUGAACUAUUCCAGAAGGUUAGUAUAGGGACAUCUAGGGAUGUGCCCUUCUUCCUGCCUCUCCAGCUAAAAAUUCUAAGGGGCCCUUGAAAGUUGUUCUUCCUCUCUCUCUCUUCCAGACAACCAGCAGCUAGGUGUUCUGAAUAUUGUUUGCUGUGUUGUUAUAUCACUUCUGAGUGGCUCCAGCAAAUCUUAAAAGUUCUUCCAAGAUCUGAGGCUCCUUCAGAUGACCUGUUUAUUGAGCAUUCAUCCUGAUUUGCUUGCACAGAGCUUAUACAGAAGGUAAACUAUGUCUCAUCCUCACUGAGAAUUCAUUCAGAUUUGUUUGCGGAGAUGUUAUAUGGCAAUGAGCAUUCAUCCUGCAUUAAUUCUGAUUUGCCUGCAUGGCAUUUAUAUGUCUCCCCAUUAAACAUUCAUUCAUUCCACAUUUUUCAGAGCAUUUUGCCAGCACUUUCCCAAUCAUAAAAAGUUUAUUUAAAAAAUAAGUAAAAAGUAGAUUUGUCGCCCAAGGGAGACAGAACACUUUCAUCCACUUUAAUUGUGCAAAUCUAAAUUCCCAGGAUAGUGCUCGAAUAUUUCCUGCAAAAUUCUGACUGUCUGGUAGGGACAGCUUGUGCAUGUGGGGAAAUAAGAUAAUAUAUACAACUUUCAUCACAGUUCAGCCUCCAUGUUUCCAUCAUGGUGAAGGGGUUUGCAACUAAGGAUCUGCCCAGAGAGAAAGAUAAGCUAUCCAAUGCUUGGGUCCUAGUGUUGAUGGUGAAUCUGUUUCUUCUUGCUAAAUCAGACCUUCGGUUCAAAUCCUGCUUCUAGAAAAAGGUUCUCCAUGUCUUCCGAGUUCUAACAUCUGGUGCAGGCAGUACCAGGCACUUACGUCAUCAAGAUAAAUAAUUGUGAAGAGCCCUUGGAAGGAAGUUGCAGCAUUCAUGCUAUGCUGGUUGUUGACAGGUUCUGUGACAAAUUGGGAGAAAGAUAAGUAGAAUGAUUUAUGAUGAACAGGUGAUGACUGCUUAAGAAAUGAACGGACCAUUUCUAUGGCAUGGACCACUUUUCUGCAUGAGAGGCACAGGUAACUGAAGAGGUGAGUUAUGUAGCACUAAAUCAGACUCAGUUGUGCAACAGAUUCAGUACUGUGAUUGCAGUGGGUCUUCUAGGUGCUUGUAGUUUCUGAGUCUUUUCACAUUCAAAAUCCACAUUCCAUCAAUAGUAGGAAAUGAAAUAAAUAAAAAAGACUGUAAACUUUUCCAAUACGCAGUAACAGCGGCGAGAAUACUUCUGGCCCAAAAAUGGAAACAGGAAGAAUUACCGACGGUUGAAGAAUGGAGAAUGAAAUUGAUGGAUUUUGCAGAACUGGAUAAAUUAACAGGGAAGAUUCGAUAUUUGCGAGACCAUAAGUUCAUCAAAGACUGGGGAAAAUUUACAGAUUAUCUGAAAAGUAUAUGUGAUGAACAGACAACGCUUGUAGGUUUUCAAGAUGUUCUGUGAAAAUAUGAGGAAUAUUGUAAAAAAGGGAAUAAGACUGGGGAGGGUAUAUUUAAAGGCAAUAGUAAAAUUAAGAAAUGCGUAAACAAAACAAUUAAAAUGGAAGAUUGGCAGAGAAACUGAGGGAAGUCAAAAAAAAGAAGAAUUUGUGAUAAAUUGUGAUAUGGUUGUGUAAAUUUGUAUUUGAAAAUGAAUAAAAAAUAUUAUAAAAAACAAAAAACAAAAUCCACAUUCCAUCAGUAAGAUAUAUAACAUUCCUUCCUUAAGAAGACCCCAAGCUUGUAGAGUAAGAUGUGUGAUAUAUUAUUAGAAAAGCUGCUAGUGAUGGCUUAUUAUCUGUUUCUUUAAGAAAUGGUUUACCCUGCCUGAGCAAUUACAAAUUCCCUAAGCUGCUUACAUUUGUUUUAAUGACCAUAAUUUCUAACUAGAAAAAAUCCUGCUAAUACUAAACAUCAGAAAACAAAACAACAGCAAAUAACGCUGGAAUGGUAAAAUCAGAGGCAAAGUCUCAAACUCAAGAAAUUAAAAUGUAUUAUGAUGGAGGAUAUGCCCGGGGGAGGGCAGACUGCACUGUUUUCUUCUAAUGACAUAAACUGUGGAAGUUCAUGUAUAUACCAUGUCUGUUCAAAGGUUGUGUCCUUCAAACCCAUGUGUUCCGAUCAGUACAAGAGGCGAAUCCAAACUGCUCCUGUUUUUUAAUACUGUUAUGAGUUUAUGGGGUGCCUGGACUCCCUUUCUAAUUCCUGGACCCUGCUUCUCAUUUCUGGGUUCCAGACACUGGAUUUAGCAUGUUAAACUAUAAGCCAGGAGCCAGCCUGGUAAUGGCCCAUAAGGAUGUGUGGCUCUAUGCCCGAGGGCAAAUGGAAGGAGUUCUUCUCUCAACUCAGAAUUAGUUACACAGACAAAAGCCUUUGAAGGAGUUUUAGAGUUAGAAGGAGGGCAGCAUUGGCAAAGAUGUUAUUCUUAUUUCAGACAAUUCCAAUAAUUAAGGGGACAGCGAUAUUUAAAGAGUGGCAAAGAGCAAUUUCAAGAUAUAUCUGGCAGGGUAAGAAGCCAAGAAUUAUGUAUAAGUUAUUAACGGAUGCGAAAGAAAGAGGCGGCUUCGCCCUGCCAGACUUGAAAUUAUAUUAUGAAGCUUCAUGCCUCUGCUGGUUGAAAGAAUGGAUAAAGUUAAAAAAUACUGAGUUAUUGGACUUAGAAGGUUUUGAUAACAGAUUUGGCUGGCACGCAUAUCUAUGGUGUGAGAAAAGAAAGAUUCAUAAAGGUUUCGAAAACCACAUCUUUAGAAGAUCUCUCAUAGAAAUAUGGGAGAGAUAUAGAAGUUUAUUAGAAUCAAGAACUCCCCACUGGCUAUCUCCGUUAGAAGUUAUGAGUCUUAAGAAAGUCAAUAUGAGGGAAACUGGAUUACAUAUAAAGAAUUGAUUAUAAAGGAAGGAGGAAAAUGGAAAAUGAAAUCCUAUGAAGAAGUGAAAGAGUAUGUGUAUGAUUGGUUGCAUUAUUAUAAGGUUAACGAAAUGUUUAAAAAGGACUUAAAAGAAAGAGGUUAUGAGGUAAAAUAAUCGAAAUUUCAAAUAGAAAUAAUAAACAAUGAAAAUAAAAUUUUGUCCAAGAUGUAUAAAAUCUUGCUAGAAUGGUAUACAAAAGAUGAGGAAGGUAAAUCGGUUAUGAUACACUGGGCCAGAGAUUUGGGUUAUAAUAUACAGUUUAAUGAUUGGAUAAAACUGUGGAAUGAAAAUAUAAAAUUUAUGGCAUGUACUGCGUGAAAGGAAAAUGUUAUGAAAAUGAUUUAUAGAUGGUACAUCACACCUGUGAAACUGGCAAAAAUGUAUAAAACAUGUAAUAAGUGUUGGAAAUGUAAAGAAAAAGAAGGAACAUUUUAUCAUAUGUGGUGGGAUUGUAAGAAGGUGAAGGGCUUCUGGGAAAUGAUAUAUAAUGAGAUGAAAAAGAUGUUGAAAUAUACGUUUGUUAAGAAACCAGAGGCUUUUCUUCUAGGAAUAGUAGGAAAUGAAAUAAAUAGAAUGGACUGUAAACUUUUCCAAUAUGCAGUAACAGCAGCGAGAAUAUUAUUGGCCCAAAAAUGGAAACAGGAACAACUGCCGACGCUCGAAGAAUGGAGAAUGAAACUGAUGGAGUAUGCUGAACUGGACAAACUAACAGGAAAGAUCAGAUAUAUACGAGAUCAAAAGUUCAUUGAAGACUGGGGAAAAUUUUCAGACUAUCUGAAAUGUGUAUGUGAUGAGCAAAUAACGCUAGUGGGAUUUCAAGAAGUUCUGUAAAUGAUAGAGGACUAUUGUAUUGAUGAAAACUAAGUGUGUGAAGGUUUAUAAAAUGCAAUAUAAAAUUAGGAAAUGCGUAUUUAAAAAUUUGAAUAAUGGAUGAUUGUCAGAGAGGUUGAAGGAAGUCUAAAAGAGAAAAUAUGUGAUAAAUUUAGAUUGGAUACUAUAAAUGUAUGUUGGAAAAUUUAAUUUUUUUAAAAAAAAUAAUAGAUUUAGAAGGAGGGCAGUUGUUUUUAGGAUUGCAAUUGAGGAUGCUGUAAGCUAGAGAGGAAAAAUGGCAGUCUGUUAAACGUAGCAAGCUGAGCAAAGAGACAGAGGGCCGUGGCUGAUUUCCCCAAGACUGAGGCCAUGGGAAAAGCAAGAACCUCAUGGAGUGUAAAGCUGUGAGCCCCUCCAUCAUUGACUCAGGUUGGAUAUAUGUGUGUAUAAACCAUAUAUCAUAAAGACACCACAGUCUCCUCUGUGCCUUAUUUCCAGAGGAAACACAAACCCUGGGUAAGCGCCUUGGUUCCUUUGGAACCUCACACCACUUGGAGACUGGGGUGGCAUGUAACAAUAUUUUCAAAGAACAGCCAUUGUAUUCCACUCCCAAUAAUCCUUGGUGCAACCUAAAAUCUGUUUUGCACUCAGCACCUGAGGUUAGCCACGUGGCAAUGAGGACCUCCUCUGUCAUGGCAUCCCAACUCUGGAACAUUUUCCUAGUGCUCUGGAACAUUUUCCUAGUGCCUAGUUUCACCAAGUGUAGGGGCCUGGUAAAGACUUUUUUCAAAAGAAACAAUCCCCAGGCUGUUGUUGUUUAUAUCCCAAGAUGUUGUUUAUAUCUACAACAUCUGAGCUUAUUUAAAUUGUAUUAACUUUUUGGUGUUUGCCACACUUUGGGCUUCUUUGGGAGGAAGGAGGGAUAGCUCAGACUCCUAAUCAUCUCAGAGUCGUUGCUUCAAGCCCCACUUUGGGUAAAAUAUUCCUGCAUCACAGGGGAUUGGACUAGAUGAUCCUUAUGGUCCCUUCCAAUUCUACAGUUCUCUGAGUCUGUGAAAGUCAAUAAGUAACAAAUAUAUAAAUGUCCACAUCUGAGCAGGCCUGUGGUACGGUACCUUGCAAGAAUAUUACUGUAUUUUUCGCCCUAUAGGACGCACUUUUCCCCCUCCAAAAAUGAAGGGGAAAUGUGUGUGCGUCCUAUGGGGCGAAUGCAGGCUUUCGCUGAAGCCUGGAGAGCGAGAGGGGUCGGUGCGCACUGACCCCUCUCGCUCUCCAGGCUUCAGGAAGCUAUCCGCAAGCCUUGGGAGCUCCGCGGCAGUUCCCAUCGGGCUCCCAAGGCUUGCGGAUAGCAGACUGCAUCCUGAAGCCUGGGGCGCGCUGCACAGCGCGCCCCGGGCUUCGUGCAGAUAUCGGGCAGCCCCACAAGCUCGGGGGACAGCGGGGAGGCAGAGCGCCGCCAUCCCACUAUUCCCCAACCUGGUUUGGAGGCUGGCACUGGGAGAAGCGGGCUUCUCCCCAGCGCCAGCCCCACAAGCUCGGGGGACAGAUAUCCGCAAGCCUGGGAAGACCGGCGCAACUUCCUGCCGGGCUCCCUAGGCUUGUGGAUAGCAGCCUGUUCUGGGGGCUGGGGUCGGGGGAACCUCGGGCAUCCCCCGCCCCAGACCCGUGCCCGGGGGAAAAAUAAAUCCCCCCCUUAUUUCCCCCCCCAAAAAAACUAGGUGCGUCCUAUGGGCCGGUGCGCCCUAUGGGGCGAAAAAUACGGUAAGUUGAACAUGGACACAUCCCUAUACACCAGGGAGUAAGUCCUAUGGUAAUCACCCAAUGAGCAGACAUGUGCAGAAUCACACUGUAAGUCGGUUGAGGCUUGUGCUAAUAAAUCUGUGUAGUUUGUGUAAAAUUCAUCAAGGAACCCAUUCACCUUUAACAGCACAUUUUGAGCCCGAUUUCCCUUCUUCCAUUUCUGUCACCCACGCUUCACAUCCAGUCAGCUCCACUCCAUAUGUAUGGUUUAAUAAAUAAAUAUUUAUACAUGCUAAAUAGGCUAGAGAGAGAGAGAUGAUAGGGUUUUGUUUCCCCCAGAGGAAGGGUGUUCUGAAAGUGGGACUGUUGUUUUCCUUGUUCCCCUGGUUGCUCCUCCAUGCUGCCGGCUGCUCAACUAACGGUGGCUGCAAUUCUGUGCACACUUAUCUGAGAAUAAACCCCACUGAAUGCAGUAGACAGACUUACUUACAAGCUGACAGGCAUAGGAUUGCGUUGAAGAGUGAGGCAUUCAUAGCUGGCAGGCUGGCUGCUGGGGCAUCUUUCCAAAUGCUGGAAAGGGAAAAGGCGAGGCUUUGAGCUAACAGGAAGUGGAAUCUGGCCCCGCCCCUUCCCAGAGCCUGGGAAAUGAUAUCAGGAGCCAUUUUACAAGUCCAGGUUGACAACUGCAGAUGGGGGAAAAAACUUUUAGCAGCAGGCUAGAUAGACUUUGCAAUUUUUAGCAUGCUGUAAUUAUGGCUCAGUUGGCAGAGCAUGAGGCUCGUAAUCUCAGGGUUGUGGUUCAAGCCCCACAUUGGCUGAAAGAUUCCUGCAUUGCAGGAGGUUGUGUCCAAGGAAGGUCCUAGAACAGAUAAUUAUCUGUUUAAUUAUAAUUAAACAGUCAGGCUGUGAGCAUUUAGAAAAGGAUGCCGUGAUUCCUAAGACCCAGCAUGAGUUUCUCGAAAAUAAGUCAUGCCAGACCAAUCUGAUUUCUUUUUUUUUGAUAGAAUUGCAAACUUGGUGGAUCAGGGAAAUGCUGUGGACAUAGUGUAUCUUGAUUUCAGUAAGGCUUCUGACAAAGUCCCCCAUGAUAUUCUCGUGAGGAAGCUGGUAAAAUGUGUGUUGAAAGAGGUAAGCGUUUGACGAAAGAAGAAUGGCAGACAAAAUUAAUGGACUACGCAGAAUUAGAUAAAAUGACAGGAAGGAUUCGAAACCUGUGGGACCAGAGAUUCACAGAAGAUUGGAAGAAAUAUACGAACUAUUUGAAGAGCAACUGUAAUCAACAAAUUACAAGAAGUUUUGUAAGGAGAAAUGUAUGAAGCAUUGCAAAGUAGAGAAAGAAUAGAGAUAUUAGUUAUGAGAUUUAAAUGUAAUAGUGGAAGUAAGAAAUGUAUAUUAAGUGAAUAGAUUGGAAAAUUUUCAGAUGUGAUUGAUGGAAGUCAAAAAAAUGGUAUAAGAUAUGAAAGUAUGUUUAAUUAUUGUUGAAAAUGAUAUGUUGAAAAACUAAUAAAAAAAUUAUAAGAAAGAAAGAAAGAAAGAGGUAAGCAUUAGGUAGAUUCGUAGCUGGUUAACUGACCGAAUGCAUUAAUGGUUCCUAGUCAUCCUGGAAAAAGGUGAGAAGUGGGGGGGCCAUCUGUCAAGGAUGCUUUAGCUGAGAUUCCUACAUUGCAGGGGGUUGGAUUAGAUGACCCUUGGGGUUCCUUCCAACUCUAUGAUUCUAGAUGAUCCUCUAGUCCUUUCCAGGCCUACAAUUCUAUGAUUCUAUGCUAAUGUGAUUGUUCUCUCUCUCUCUCUCUCUCUCUCUCUCACACACACACACGCAAUUUUAGUUUGCAUUUUUUUUUUGCUGUCUUUAUAUUGGGCUAUUCUGCCCCUUGUAAACAGGUUUUCAUGUUAUUUCAGAGACCCGCAAAAAAAAAUUAAAAAAAAAAUUGACCAGAGGUGAAAUGGAACAAAGGAAAUAUGGAGAAGAGGCCCUUUAACAGUUUAAAUAGAGGAAACUUCUUUCCUUGCUUUCAGAAUUUUCAUCCUUUUUCUCCCUUCAUAUGAUUCACUUACAUGGCCUUGGUCUUUAUUUAGUUUGAGGCCACAGACAUUAAUCAUCCAAACUGAAUCUUCCUCACCAUCAGCCAUUACUUCAAUAUCAUCUGUAAAGAUCAACUGAACAGCCAUUAUCAUUUGGUACUUGUAAAAUCUACCACAGUUAUGAAAUAAUAAGGGAAUAAAUGCUUGCCUUUGGGUGGAAUCCAACUUUUAUCUAAAGCGAUCUGCUACACAAGAGGGAAUCUGCAAUUUUGUCAAAGUCCUUCAAGUGGAUUAGGUCUACCAGUAUUUUCUGAUAAGGUUACUGUCAGGGACUCUGGGGCUUGAAGUGUCUAAGGCUGUGAGUUACUAUGAAAAGUCUGUACUAAGAACCCACUUUGAAUACAGAAAAGUCUAGGGGUGCACAAUAGUGCCCCUCCUCAAAGUGAUUGGCAGGAAGUAUGAACCCUCUGGAUUGGACUAUAAUAUAAACACUAGGAGCCUAAUGUUCUGCCUUUAGCUGCACACACACCAUACAUUUAAAGCACAUGAUUUACCCCAAAGAAUCCUGGGAACUGUAGUUCACCCAGAAAGAGCUACAACUCCUAGUACCCUUAAAAAUUAUAGUUCCCAUGAUUCUUUGGGGGAAAACUGUAUGCUUUAAAUGUAUGAUGUUUAUGCAGCCCUAGUCUGAAUGAGAGAACAGUGCUUUCUGUUUGCUGCACAUUAAAUUCUAGCAACUAGCUCAAGUCACCUCACGGACCCUGAGUUGGAGACCCCCCAUGGCUAACAGGCCAUACAUAGCCAGUCAUCAAUUAUUAUUGAUGCUAUUAUUUUUAUUAUUAUUAUUAUGUUAUUAGCAAAUGUAAUAGCUGUAGUAAUGAUAUGUAGUACAUUAUGUAGAGUAACUUCAACAAAUGCUAGCUCCAAGGAACUUACAGUCUAAAUUCAAAUGGCUGGAAAGGACGAUAGGAUGGGGCAACUUGGCGUCCUUUUAGACAAGACUUUUAAUGUGCAUUUGGGGCAAUUUAUGCUCUUGAGGAUAUUGAGAUGGUCAUACACGCUUCCGCUUUUAGAUUUGUGCCCUCAUAUCUUUCUCGAUGGUCACACGGCAUCUCUGUGGGGUCUGUAGUUCCCCCUCAACCACAGCCAAAUGUUCCAUUUUUAAAAAAUCUCACUUUUGUUGCGCUAUAGUGCUAGGGUGUCACAGCAAUAUGAUGACUUUUUGGCAUUGUUGCCACUCCCACAUUUGUCCAGUAGAUGACGUUUCAGUGGAAAUGAAUGGAGGCUUAGCACAGCAAUCACAUAUUUGUGCUUUUUUAAAAAAGUGGGGUGGGGAGAGAUUGCACUAGGGCUCUUUGCCACAUUGCUACUAUCAGAGCUGUCCCGCUCUCUUUGCUGCUGGAUCAGCUGGUGUUUACAGAGCUGGCUUGCAGGUAGAAAAGAGGAGGCGUGAGGGAUGUCAUUGGAGUAAGGUGGCAAGCUAAUAGUGAAGGCCAUGUUGCAUUCCCCUCCUCCCAUCUUUGUUCCUUCCUUUGCUCUUGGGGCUAUGAUUGCACCUUUGCCUGUCUGUGGGGUACAUGGAGAGAGGAGGAAGAAGACUAGCAAUAAUGAGGAGCGGCAGCAAGAGUGGAAGGAUUUUUAAUCUUUGUUGGAAGCCGCCCAGAGUGACUGGGGAAACCCAGCCAGAUGGGCGGGGUACAAAUAAUAAAUUAUUAUUAUUUUAUUAUUAUUAUUAUUAUUAUUAUUUUAAAAAAUCAUUACAGUUUUUAAUGUGGAGUGUGCGGUCCAAUUCCUGACUGCAUUUCCUGCCCCAUCCCUAAAGUGAGGAUCCCUCUGCAGCCUCCACUUGGUUUAUUCCACCUGGAAUAACAGCUAUUUUCCUUGAUAGAAGGGGGAAGUAAGGAGACAGUUAUGGGCAGUUCAGGAAGGCAAAAUGCAUAGGUGCUACGGCUGCUGUUUAACAUCUGUUAAGCCUCCGUGAUGUGCUAAGCACCAUUAGGUAACUAAAUUUUGCCCAUGAAAUUAGGGGUUCAGCUGCAGACUGUAGAAAAACCCCAAUUACAGAAUCAAUGAUAGAAUAACACUCCAGGAUCAUGGCUGGGCCAGCUAUCUUCAUGAAUACAUUCAUGGCAUUUCUGGUUGGGAUUAGAGCAAGCUGGUAGUAGCAGUGGGCUUAGGAGGACAGUGGCUUUAAUGUAACCACCACAGAGCACACCAAAGAUGUUCUUCUGACUUUUCACCCUGGCUAAGCUGUACACUAUGAUUCAAUUAGAUCUCUUACAUUGUUCACUGACUUUUGGUAAAUUACACCUUUGAUUUCUGGUCCAAUGAAAAGGUGCUAAUUACCUUUUUAAGUGCUCGUUUAAUGUUCUGCAGUGACAUAAAGCAUUAGUGCAGCAGACUUGCGUGCAGGAACCUUCCAGAGUGUUCUCCCCCACUGCUUUGUUUAAUCAGCCUUUUCCCAUUUCUGCUUUCCUUUUCUCCACCCCUUCAAGGCCCCUACGCGGCUAGCUCUUCUGCAGAUGAAUAAAUCUACUAUAUUGUUUGCUGAAAUUGGCUGUCUUUUAGCGUAAUGAAAACAGAAACAGAUCAGGGUAGCCUGGAAGAUUCUCUCCCAUUGUCACAUUCGGUAUUUUACUUCCUGCAUUCCCAAUUGCCAGUAUUUCUGCAUCCACCAACUCCACACAAACAGAGUAUUCUUCAGCAAAUCUUGCUGAAGUCACAACUUGCAGAGUCUGGAUAACAUCCACUAGAUGAUAAUGUAGGUUGCAUUGUGUUUCCCCUCCUAUAUUACUCACAGGCAUGUCAAUAGAAUUUGGAAGGCUGCAUUUUUCAAAGCUACUAGAUAAAUAGGCACUCCUAAACUUAUUUCCUUUUAAAUAUCCCGUUUCAACCAACAGGAUUUGCUGCCAAGGAAAUAUGCUUAGAAUGGUGCUGGGGCACUUCUAUGUAGAUUACUUUGUAAAGUGCCUGAUUAAGACUGGUCCAGAUUUUCUAGCAGGAUCUGCAAGUAUGGUACAGUGAUGUUAUGUGCCUUACCAGAUAAAUCCUUGUUGCAGGAAAUACUUAUCCUGCGGCCUCAUCCGCAAACAUAUAUUUUAUUAGCUGGCAGAUCUUCCUGCAAAGAAUCCUGGGCCUUGUAGUUUGGCAAGGAAAUGGGAAUUCUGUUAGUAAUCUCUAGCUCCCUGUCACACAAAUUUGCUACUAACCUCAGCAUUACGUAUGAAGAAUGACCAUUGUACUAGCUUAUGUCUGUAGUAUCAACAUGCCUAGAGGUACUUUGUGUUGGCACUCCUAUUUGUUGGAGAAGCUUACAUCUGGAAUUACACUGGGGCUACAUGUAACAUUGACCUCAUCAGAGUGUUUAAAGCCAUGCCACUUUUUUUUAAGGUGCAAUUGUUCAGGAGUGUCUAACCCCUGAGCAAGGAAAGGAUUCUUACUAAGGCUGUGUACACUGAAUUACUGGCUUAAAACACAGCUAAAGGUAAAGGUAAAGGUACCCCUGCCCGUACGGGCCAGUCUUGACAGACUCUAGGGUUGUGCGCUCAUCUCACUCUAUAGGCCAGGAGCCAGCGCUGUCUGCAGACACUUCCGGGUCAUGUGGCCAGCGUGACGAAGCUGCAUCUGGCGAGCCAGCGCAGCACACGGAACGCCGUUUACCUUCCCGCUAUAAAGCGGUCCCUAUUUAUCUACUUGCACUUAAGAGUGCUUUCGAACUGCUAGGUUGGCAGGCGCUGGGACCGAACGACGGGAGCGCACCCCGCCGCGGGGAUUCGAACCGCCGACCAUGCGAUUGGCAAGUCCUAGGCACUGAGGUUUUACCCACAGCGCCACCCGCGUCCCACAAAACACAGCUAGGUGGCUCUUUUACUCAAUUUGGAUCAAAGCACUGUUUGGGGGGGAAAUGCAUCAAUAUGCAGUAUUUCACAAGAAACAACAGGACAUAUAUUGAUUGUGGCUAAUGGCACGUGUAUGCCACUUCCGAAACCAGCAAUGGGAGUGCACUGGAUGAGGAGCAAAUGGGUGUGCAUGCAAAGCCUAACUACCACUCUGCCUCCAGUACAUCCUGAAUUCUGUCCCGUUUCCCCCUUGAGCUGGUGGAGCCCCAGCGGUAUUGUUAGGUUGCUGUAUCUCACCUCCACUCACUACAGGUGUAUGUUGAGGACAGAAUCACUGUGUUACUAACUGACAACAUUUGAUAAAUGACAUGCAAUUGUGUUUUGGCAGCUGACAGUUUACGAGAUUUCAAAGUUGACGCUUGCCAAAAUCAAAGCCUUCAAGAGGUUCCAGUGGAAAGCUUUUGAAUUUCAGGCUGUCAGGCAAAAUGUCACAUGCAAAGCCUGGCCACCUUCCAAAUUUUGCCAUUCACAUUUUAAGUAAAUUUUCAUUAUUUUGGAAUACUCAUUUCAGAUUCAGUAUCAUGCACUAAUGGCAUUUUCUCCUUUUUGGCAAAUGUCUGAUGGCCAGUUUCCCAAAAGCAGGGAUCUGACAAAAGAUGAGGUGAGAGAACAGAAGCCAGAAUCCUGUUGGAAUCAUGGUGGUACAUAAAGCACCCUGUAGAAACUCAACAGACAUUCACAGCACAUGACAUGGAUGUAGUUUAAACACUGGUUUUUUAAUGCUUUUAAGCACAAUAGCCACUUUUAUUCAGUUCUAUGCCAUUUAGGACCUGUCUGUUUAAGAGAUCAUCUUCCUCCAUACAAAUCUCACAGGCCUUCCACAGGUCUGCCUUCCAUCAGGGCAAAAUUUCAGAUAGCUGCAACACACUCCCUCCCCCCCCAAAAAAAAUUAAAAUUGGAGCUGUACUUCACUCUUCCUGCACCUAAGCCAGCAUUCCCAAAUCUGGUGCCCUCCAGAUGUUUUGGACUACAACUCCCAUCAGCCCCAGUAAACACAUGCUGGCUAACUGGAGAACAGCAGGCUGGCAAAGGCUGCCCUAAAGUGUUCUUUUAAUAUGCAAGAGCAAGAAUUAACUGCCUGUGGAGGGACUUGCUCUGGUACUCCUGUAUGAGAAUUACCAGUCGUUUCUGGUUCCAUAUCCUGGUUUUUAAGUGUGAAGAGCCUUGGGAAUAAUAGUACCUUUUCCUUUAAAAUCUUCUACUUUUAACUUAAUGACUUCCCCUCUUGUCACAUACAAAGCAUUCCAGGGUGGAGUUUCCCUCACUAGCCUGAUCCAUCAACAGAAGAGGAUAAUCUUUUCCAUUCACACCUCUUAAUUCUACUUACCUGGGCUGCUGGAAGUAACUAAUUGUUCAGUUCUUCUAUGUAGGUGAUGAAACUCAUGUGACUGGAGUGUAAUGAAAGAUCCCCCUGGUGAUACUGGUCACUUUUGCCUGGUUGAUUCUCAGCCCUGUCUCUUCACUCUCAGGGCAUAAACAUGGGGCAGAGUAAGGAGGCAGUUCAGGAAUCAGUAGUAGGCCCCUUACCGUGUUUUUAUUCAUCCGGGGGGGGGGGUUAUGGGGUGGACAGGCAGGGGGACAAGUGGUAUAACAAUGAAAUAAAUAGCAUUUUGACUCGCACUGUUAAAGCUGAGCAUAUGCUCCAUUUAGUAACUUGGGAAGGGACCAUUCUUCUGCCAACAGUUCUGUGAAGAAAGGCAUCUAUAAAUCUAUGACCGGACAAGAGUUCAGUAGAGCUUGUGUAUCUGCACAUAUGCAUGCUGAUGUUCUUUCCAUUAGAUUUCUUUUUAAAAUUUACUCCAGCUUAUUUUAUUAUUGCUUCUAAAGAAGAUUACAUUUGUCCUAGUUUGAACUUGGAAUAUAAUUUUAGUUUAAUUUUUAACUGAGCCACAGCCCUCUGCUUUUUUUUUUUUUUUUAAGAACUGUCAGAUUGUUACACAAGAACUGGAAUGGCUCCCUUCAAACUUCCUUUGCUUUCAUGCCUCCCUUUCCUUCCCAUAAAUUUCCACUGUGACUUGACACAAGGGUUAUUCUGCUGGUGAAGCGGGGGGAAUUCCACUGAACUGCGGUGGAAUCUUUGAAAUAUUUUGGUAUCUGGGGCAUUUUUUUUUCUGGAUAAAAAUUGGAAGCACACACUACACUACCCCAUACUUAAAAAAUAAAAUAAAGUACACACAUAUUGUCUUGAUUAGCUCUCAAAACUAUAGGCAGGAUACAUCCUUCCUGCAACUGUCCAGAUAGCACUGCCUGCUGGUGUUUCACUGUCCUUUUGUCCUGCCGCAGCUCAGGAAUAUUAAUUUGCUUUCUGAGCAAUGGUGAUGCUUCAGGGACACUUCUGUGCCUGUCAGCUGAAGUAUUGGCUGCAUCAAAGAAUCCUGUGUGUCCUUACUGUAUUUCUCAGGAUGAUGUCAAUGCUCAUAUGCUGGCAGAGAAAGAGUAAUCAAUAUGGUAUUGGGCUUCCUUGCAUCAGCAGUUAAGAGUAGUUGUGCACCCAGCAUAGUGGCUUUCGAUGCAAUCCUAUACGUAUCCGCACAGAAAUAAAUCCCACUGAGUUCCAUGGGACUUACUCCUAGGUAGGUGUGUAUAACAUUGUGGCCUUCAUUUUUCAAGGCAGCCUAGUUCCCCUCUCUUGGUACACUAGUAUGUCCUAGCACAUAGUUUGGGAAUCAUUGCUUUAAAACACAAGGGGGAAGAAAGAGGGAACCAUGAAUUAUAUAAUUGUAGAGUUGGAAGGGACCCGGAGGGUGCUCUCAUUCAGCCCCCUGCAAUGAAGAAUAUUUUAAAUUAUGAUGUAGCUAAGUUAGUUGAAUGUUAGUCCCAUUGAAAUCAACAGAACUGAGUCAUUUCUGUGAGAACUAAUUUCAACUAACUUAGCCUGGAUCUAUUCUAAAGUACUUGGGUCAUUUCAUUUCCCUCUUUCUUUCCCACUUCCUUUCUUUACUAUCCCUCUUCUUGACUUCAGGUGAGUGGGAGGAAAAGCUGUUUGGCUGUUUGUUUGUGUGUGUGAGAGAGAGAUGUGUAAAACAGAGAAGCAUCUUAAGGAAGUGUUAGGGCAUGAUUGGGGAACUUGCUGCCCUCCAGAUACUGGUGGACUACCAACUCUCAGCAUCGCUGACCAUUGGCCAUGCUUGGUCAAUGAGAAAAGAUCAGCAGAUCAUCAGUCAUCAGUCAAGUACAGAUAUAAAGUUAGUGACUUAACUUAAGAGUACUGAUUUAUGCAGAAUGACCUGCUUUUUAAUUCUGUACUGGCUAGUUUCACGAGCUAGAAAGAAGACACCAGGGAGGUGACAAAGGGCCAGGGGGAAGUGCCAUAGCUCAGUGACUUAGCAUCUGCCUUAUAUUUAGAAAGUCCCAGGUUCAGUUCCUGGUGUCUCCAGGUAUGGUGAGGAAAAAUGCUUGUCUGAAAUUCUGGACAGUAGCUGCCACCUAGAGUAAACAAUAUUGAGCUAGAUGGAAUGAUAGUCUGACUCAAAGUAUGACAGUUUCUUAUGCCCCUGUGUCAAGCCUGUUAAGAAGGGAUCUUGAAUGGCUGUGAUAGACCUGGAGGAAAUUGCCCCUGAACAGAACAGAACCAGCAGCCUUUCAAAAACUGUUGGGACUCUACAUGCUCCUUCUGUUAUAGUACUUGGAUCACUUUUGAACCAGCUUCUUCAAUACCAUCAUUUGGCCAUCAGGGAUGAGGACAUUCUAGCUCAGCCAAAACCAAGCCAAGCAUUCUCUUGACUUGCAAGCUGCCAUGGUAGUGACAGGAGGAGGAGGUGAAGGUAGUUAUGAUUAGAUGGGCUCAGGACAUUGGACAUACCAUCUUGAUGAGUGAGUGGGAAACACUCUGGAAAAUAAACAUGAACUUUGCAGCAUGCUACCAUUAAAGAAAACAUGUUAAAGAUGCAAUAUAGUUGGUAUCAAAACUUUCAAAUAUAUAUAAAAACAUAGCAAACAACUGUUGGCUGUGCAGGGAAGGUGAAGGAGAUACGUAUCACAUGUGGUGGACAUGCAGAAAGAUUAGAGAGUUUUGGAAUCUCAUUUAUGAUGAGCUGAAAAAGAUCUUUAAGUUAACCUUCUUAAAAAAGCCAGAAGCCUUUCUGCUUGGAAUUUCAGGUAAAGACAUUCCAAAAAUCUAAGAGAAAAUUGUCUAUAUGCAACGGCUGCAGCCCGAAUACUGAUCGCAAUGAAUUGGAAAGGGGGGAAAGUUCCAACCUUAUCAGAUUGGCAGUGCAAAUUACUGGAAUAUGCGGAAAUGGCGCAAUUGACUAACAGGCUAAGAGGUAAUACAAGACAAUCAUUUAUUCAAAAUUGGGAUAUGUAUAAGAGAUAUCUACAGAAUAACAGCGGUACAGUAUCUGUGGCAGCAUUUGAAUGACCCUUGUCUAAAUGAACUGUUAAGAAACAAGAAAAAAGGUACGAAUUGUUGUAAGAAAGUAUUAGGAAUUACAGAAAGAGUAAGGUAAUAAUGAUAAGUACAUUCAUCACCAGAAAGGUUAUAUGCAUCGGGAAAUGAUAAGAAGUCUAUUCUAUGUUAGCAAAAAGAUAGGAAAAAAGAGAUUGCAUAAAUUUAAUUUAAAUUUAAUUUUUGUAAACAUAUAUAAGAUUAUUAGUACAUGAUUGUUUUCAUCUUGGUAUAUUGUGUAUAUUAACUACGAAUUUCAAUAAAGUAUUUAAACUGGGGGGGGGGGGGGAGACGUCUGGGCUUGGCAGCCAGUCUCCAAGUCAACACCUCCAGCCUUACAGGUCCCAAGGAGAUGUACUUUGCCAUGGAGAGCUUAUGCUGCUUGCCUGGGUGCCUCUCUGCUUCUUUAUGCUCAGCAUGUCUCUUUAUAAAUAAACAGUUAUCGUAAAAACAGCACACGUCUCCAGUGCUCUCUCCUCACAAGGAAACUAAAUUCUGUGUAGCACUGCUUCUGAAACUUCUCACUGCUUGGGGAAGGAGGGAGUGUGUAACACCAUUAUUGCAAGAGAGAAUGUGGCCUGUUAGAUUUCAUUCAAUUAUUAGUUGAAAGGGGAAGCUUUUUUUUAGUUUAGGGUGUGCAUUUGCCACAGAAAAGAAGAGAUGAAGGCUGUUUAGACCCUGCAGGAACCAGCAAAUAUUCCUUUUAAUAGCCUAUAUGAGGCCCCACAAGUGGAGCUUCCUUUUGCCUAUAUUUAGAAAUUGCCAGUGCACAGAAAGAGCAUAAAUGCUUGUCCAUUGUCUGUUUCGUUAACAUAGUUAUUUGGAUGGAUGCUGGAUCCAUCUGUUGUGCUGCCUGCUGCCUUACUGUUUAAAAGGCUGAUACACCACACAUGGCUCGUAGGAAGGGAGCCCUGAGAGCCGACAAGGCUUCAGUGCUUACGUCCCAUUCGAUUAUCUUCAUAUGAAUUAAACCAUUUCCAGAAGGGAAUGCAUUUUGCUUUAUUUAUUUAUAGUUUGAUUCUGUGCAACAAUGAAAUCUGUAGCUUGUUGGAGCAAGGGAAGAAGAAAUUCCACCAGCGAGAUCUCUGCCACUCAUCUUACAUGCAGGACAAAUUGAUUUUGAGGAUGUUGAUGCUUGUCAGCGUUACUGUUUUAGAUUUGUGGCUAUGUGUCCUGCUUUCGAAUGCCAUCUAUCUGUGACUUCUAUUGUGUGUUUUCAAAGGUGUCUAGUACAGUAGAGAAAAUGAGCUGCUAUGAAAAUAAGAAUGCUCUGUGAACUCCUGGUUCAAAUCUUGCUUCAUCCCUAAUUCACUGGGAAGCCUCAGACGAACCGCCAUCUCAGCCUUAGAGAUAAUAAAACUAGUCUAUUUUACAGGGCCGUUGUAAGGAUUAUUGAGGGCUUGUGAAGUGAUUUGUGUGUGAUUUGGUCCCUGUGAGUGAUGGGGAGGGGAGCGGGAAUUACCACAGGGACCCUCCUUGCUUUCUGUCACCAGCAGUCAUAACCCAGAUAAAAUAGAUUAUUAGCCUGGCAGCUUCCCUUGUGAGGAAGUUGCACAGAAUGAGUGCUGCUACAGAGAUGACUACUCAGAGCUGCCAGCCUAAAUUUAGGUGGUCAAGCAGGGCUUUCUACAAUGAUUUAUGGAUUGCAGGGGCACUUUAUGGGUCAAGAGAUUCCUUCUAGCACCCUGGCGGCGGUCCAUUUAGGGCUUUGGAUUUAAGAACCAGCACCUUAAAUUGGGUUUGGAAGCAAACUGAUAAGCAGUGUCAAUUUUAUAUAGGGUUAAAGGUAAAGGUAAAGGGACCCCUGACUGUUAGGUCCAGUCGCAGAUGACUCUGGGGUUGCGGCGCUCAUCUCGCUUUACUGGCUGAGGGAGCUGGUGUACAGCUUCUGGGUCAUGUGGCCAGCAUGACUAAGCUGCUUCUGGCGAACCACAGCAGCGCAUGGAAACGCCGUUUUCCUGCCAGAGUGGUACCUAUUUAUCUACUUGCACUUUGACGUGCUUUUGAACUGCUAGGUUGGCAGGAGCAGAGACCAAGCAACGGGAGCUCACGCCGUCACGGGGAUUCGAACCGCCGACCUUCUGAUCAGCAAGCCCUAGGCUCUGUGGUUUAGACCACAGCGCCACCCGCAUCUCAUAGUGCCACCUGCGCUAUGGGUUAAUGUAUUCCAAACAUGUUCCAGAUCAUGUAGACAAGACAAUGUACACAAGACCUGCUCUGACAGUUUACCAAGCAUAAGUAAGUCAGGGUCAGAACCUCCUUCCAUUAACCUUGCCCCUCCAUGCAUUCAGUAAACACAGAUGGUCUUAUGCACAGGGUUAUUCUCGGUCUACCUUGUUCCAGGACGCUGCCUUCAAGCAGCUCAUCAAGCUUUGUCCAGACCUUCAACAGAUGUAAAACCUCUAUAGCACCACUGACUCUCAGGAGCUGUGCCAAUUUGCAAGAGCUAUAAGCUAGGGUUUGACCCAGGAUCUGAGAGCAAACGUGCCUGGCCUGCUGGUUUCAAUGAUCCUCAAACUGAAGCCACUCCUAAAAAUCAAUUAGACAGCACUUUGUUUCUUAUCGCAGUAGCAGCAACCACAGCACUCUCCUGGAAAUGGGAAGAAAGGGCAGAGGGAAAUAACCACAGAACAAAAAGACAGGGGGGGAAAUAUAUAAUCUGGGAUAAUCAGCGGACUUUCUGGGAUCCCAACCGCAAAUCCUUUGACAAAAUACAAGAAGACAGAAGGGACUUGGUUUCAGAUGGAAAGUCAGCUAAAUAGGUGAAUGAGUCCCCUUUAAACUGUCAUCAUUAAUUUGAGCCAAACUUAAUUUUAAAAAGCUAAACCAAAACAGCUGGAUCUAGGAAGUGAUGCUGACCUCUGCACUGGCUGUUUUCCUGUUCUCCGCUCAGUUGAUCAUCAGCUUCCACUUAAAGCAGACUAGAGGAGCCGACAUGCUAGCUAGAAUCUGUUAUUUUCUGAAUAUUAUUUUUUGACAUUAUCAGCUUGAAGCUAACUCCAUUUCCUGAAAAGGAAGCUCUCUUGAAGUAUCCUCUUUAUUGGUUCAGCUGAAAUAUUUAGGUUCCAAUCCAAGAAGCAUUAUGCCAAAACCAAUGGGAUGCCAUUUCACCAAAUGGCUGGAAUGAAUAUGGGAAUGUAGUCAUAGUUGGAGAAGAAGCAGGACCUUUAUGACAUCAGCCACCAUUCACCCAAUCCCUGCUCUUAUCUCAGAUAUCUUUUCCAGGCAUGCAGAUUGGCUCUGAGUUGAGGGUGGAGAUCCAUUAAGGUGGAAACCACCAUCUGCACAAUGUUUCACUCACACUGUGGGUUGUUUACAUUUAGCAGAACAUAUUUUGUAAAGCUGGGCCUGGUUGCAAGGAAGAUGCAGAACACAAAACUUCUGCUAGGCAGGAGACAUACGGCCAUCUGCUAAAAAACCUGCCUUUACUACUACUACUACUACUACUACUACUACUACUACUAAUUAAAAAAACAGCUCUGCCCCAACAGCCUGCAGAGGUGGAGACUAACCGUUAGGCUACCGCAUCCUUUCCUUUGUGAUUUGUUUAAUACAUGGUAACAUCCAUUUAGGGCUACUAAUGUCGCAUGGAGCUCCAGCUCUCAUUCUUGUCAUGCUAGCAUGCUGCUGCUUUAGCACGGCCUGAAUUUGAAGAGGUAUUACAACUUGCAUACCUCAACUACUCCAUCUUUGAAGCUCAGUAUACACCAUCAGGUGAAAUUAGGCUGCAGUUCAGCCUGGUACCUAGCUGCACAUACAGCUUAUAAACAUCUGUUUUACUAUAAAUAUAAUUUUAAAUAAACAAGAUAUAAAUAAACAGUUCAAAAAAGAACACCUCCUAUUGAGUACUCAGUUCAUGUGGUAAGACCCAAUCAGUCUUACCCCAUUGUGUUAGCACUCAAUAAAAGAACUGCUAAUUAUUUUAGUAAGUGCAAGGGCCAGCAUUUUUUAAUUGCUUUCUUGAUUAUAAAGAGAAGCAUGACGGCCUAUCAUUAGAGCAGAGAGGCAUUGACUAUAUCAACACCGAAUUUUUAUUACAUCGCAAGUAUAUAAAACAAGAGCUUUCUGUUUUGGUACUGUACGCUUUGCACCAUAUCGACUUACUUUUAUUGAUCUUUAAUAAAAAAUGUAUAAGUUGAAAGUGUUUUCCCAAACGGCAUAAAUUAAUCGUUAUUGCUCCACAGAAAACAAGAAAUUGCACUGCAGUAAUUAACAUUUCCUGGCACCUAAUCUGAAAGAGCGCAUUGCAAGAAACAGGCCUCAAGGUGUUGUGGAAGUUUAAGAAUGCUGCCAACACUAGCGUAUGCCUGUUCACCAUUCUUAUCCCUUGAUGCCAAGAUCUUUUUAUAUAAGUGGGCAUUUUUGUUUUUGUUUUUAAAUGCUAGUACCCUUCUCAGCACAAGCUCAUUGUCGGUGUUCAACUCAGCUCAGGUCUGGGAGGCUCACCCCGUUGUCCUUAGCCCUGAGGAGUUAGCUAAAGAGCAACAAAGCAUUUGACUCAGGAAGCCAAGUUGGCUUUAAUAAUCAGUUAGGCAGCAAUAGAAAUGUCAAUAAGAGUGAGACAUACUGUACAAAGCAGAAGGCCAUAGGAGUGUUGAUUUGAAGACAUCUCAUACUGCAGGUUUUCAUCUCAUCUAGGGAGCUGAUAUAGGGAGCUGGCUGGAAGCCAGCUGGAGCCUGACAAGGGUCUAGCUGGAUGGUCAGCAAGACUAUAUUUCUUCGCCCUAGGCUACCAGCUUCUAAAAUCUAGGCUUUCAUAGCAACCUGAAGGUCAAUAACUACUGGUUGCAAUGUUGUUGUUGUUGUUGUUUAGUCAUUUAGUCGUGUCUGACUCUUCGUGGCCCCAUGGACCAGAGCACGCCAGGCACUCCUGUCUUCCACUGCCUCCCGCAGUUUGGUCAGACUCAUGCUGGUAGCUUCGAGAACACUCUCCAACCAUCUCGUCCUCUGUCGUCCCCUUCUCCUUGUGCCCUCCAUCUUUCCCAACAUCAGGGUCUUUUCCAGGGAGUCUUCUCUUCUCAUGAGGAGGCCAAAAUAUUGGAGUCUCAGCUUCAGGAUCUGUCCUUCCAGUGAGCACUCAGGGCUGAUUUCCUUCAGAAUGGAUAGGUUUGAUCUUUUUGCAGUCCAUGGGCUCUCAAGAGUCUCCUUCAGCACCAUAAUUCAAAAGCAUCAAUUCUUCGGCUAUCAGCCUUCUUUAUGGUCCAGCUCUCAUUUCCAUACAUCACUACUGGGAAAACCAUAGCUUUAACCAUACGGACCUUUGUAGGCAAGGUGAUGACUGGUUGCAAUAGGAACCAACUAAUAGUCCUUUAAUUAUCACCACAAAAACAAAUCAUAUACAUUUCCCCCUCUUUUGCAGUGGAGACCUUGAGUAUGAAAUCAUUGAGGAUGUAUCUCCAGCUUUGAUACUUUGCUGCCAUCCAGGCUGUUCCUCUGAUAAGAUGCUAUGCAUCCUUUCCUUAUUUCUUUUCUACCUCACCUCUCUGGGUUAGUGUGUGUGUGUGUGUGUGUGUGUGUGUGAUUUCUUUGCUUCAGGCCUUGCUACUCUGCCUGGCUGGGAGGCAGAACAAUUUUUUUUUGGUUUCCAUUAGCAAUGUGCAAACUCUACUCCACUCUACUUCUAUCUGGGCUACUAAUUAUGAGCUUUCUCUGAGAACGAUUUUUUUUAUAUAUAAAAAAGAUCUUUUCUGAGAAUUCUAAAUUAGCUCAUAAUUUUCUGUCACAUGCAUAUUCUUGAAGCGUUGUUAGUAACAUCAAAUGGUCUUCUGGCAGCUUAGACCAACAGCUUUAUUCUGGCAUGUUCUUUCAGGGUACAUAUAUGUAUAAACCAGAGGAAAGGAACCUUCUGGAUACUGGACUACAGCUCCAUCAUUCCCAUUUAGCCAUGGGGUUGAUGGGAGUUGGAGUGUAGAACAUCUGAAAGGCCACAGGUUCUCCAUCCCUAAUCUAAACUAAAUAUAAUAAACACUGUGGCUCAUCUGCACUAUACGUUGCAUGGGCAAUGGUCAGUCUGAUGGGACUUGUAGACCACAAAAUAUAGAGGGUACCAGGUUGGGGAAGUGUGCAAAUAGCUCAAGAGGAAUCAGUGCUAAAGCUGACACCUGUAUGACAUUCAGUCCUGUCCCAAAUAUGGGUACUUGGGUAUCAGCCCCACAAAUUUCACUGCAGCUUACUUCAGCAUAUGUGAUUUCAGCAUCAGAGUAACCAUCUAUCUCUUCAAAAGCAAAUUAAAGGCUGUGUAUACCUUUAAAUGGGGACGCGGGUGGCACCGUGGGUUAAACCACAGAGCCUAGGACUUGCUGAUCAGAAGGUCGGCGGUUCGAAUCCCUGCGACGGGAUGAGUUCCCAUUGCUUGGUCCCUGCUCCUGCCAACCUAGCAGUUCGAAAGCACGUCAAAGUGCAAGUAGAUAAAUAGGUACCGCUCCGAUGAGAAGGUAAAGGGCGUUUCCGUACUCUGCUCUGGUUCGCCAGAAGCGGUUUAGUCAUGCUGGCCACAUGACCCAGAAGCUGUACGCCGGCUCCCUUGGCCAAUAAAGCGAGAUGAGCACUGCAACCCCAGAGUCGGUCACGACUGGACUAAUGGUCAGGGGUCCCUUUACCUUUAUACCUUUAAAGCAUAUCCAAAACACAUUCUUCUUCUCAAAGAAUUCUGGGCACUGUAGUUUGUUAUGGGUUGCUGGGAGUUGUAGCUCUGACGGGUAAAAUACAUUGCCCAGAAUUAUUUCAGGGAAAGAAUGCGCAUUAAAGGUCUAAUGUGAAUGUGGCCCUAUUCACAACAUGUCUUUAAAAAAGCCCAUAGAUAAUUCCUCUAUAGGGAUGUGGCAUAACCAUUCUUAGUAUAAGCUGUAGGAAAGGAGAAACUGGCACAAACAAGGUUUAGUUACAUCAGGAUUAGAUCACAGUAUGUUGUAGGAAUGCAAGUGUGUCCAUUUAAAGCCCUAAAUGGCCUCGGUCCUGUAUACCUGAAGGAGCGUCUCCACUCCCAUCGUUCAGCCCGGACACUGAGAUCCAGUGCCGAGGGCCUUCUGGCAGUUCCCUCAUUGCGAGAAGUGAGGUUACAAGAAGCCACAGUAGUGGCGCCCACCCUGUGGAACUCCCUCCCUUUAGAUGUGAAGGAAAUAAGCAGCUAUCCUAUCUUUAAAAGACGUCUGAAGGCAGCCCUGUUUAGGGAAGUUUUUAAAUAUUUAAUGCUGUAUUGUUUUUAACACUUGAUUGGGAGCCGCCCAGAGUGGCUGGGGAAACUCAGCCAGAUGGGCGGGGUAUAAAUAAUAAUAAUAAUAAUAAUUAUUAUUAUUAUUAUUAUUAUUAUUAUUAUUAUUAUUAGAAAACAGUUGAAAAUGGAUGUUUGGGGUCCUAGAAAUUAGGGUUGUAUCCACACAAAACCCAUGAUGUUGUGGGUGGGUGUAUUCCCUGAUCACAACCACCAUUCAUUCACCCUGGGUGAAUGUGCAAGGAAGAAAAGGCGCAGAUAACCUGAUCAGGUAGAGAGAGUCCAAACAGGUAUGGAGUAAACACAACACCCACUCCUGUGGACAGAAGGAUCUAGAAUCAAUCUAAAUUGAAUGUUGAGGACGAGAACAAACAAUUCUGGAUGGAGGAAAAAUGAUAUUUUUGUGCUACAAAUGGGUUAGUGUGAGUACCACCCUUCUCAUCAAUUUCAUGAAGAAUUCUGCCCAGAUUUUCUUCAGAUUUAGGAUUUAGAAUUCUUCAGAUUUAGGAUUUGAAUUGGAGCAAUUAGCCAGAGGGUUAAAAUCCAACCAUACUGUGGUAUAGUAUGUGCAUCUCUCACUACCCUUCCCCUGCCAUAUUUUAGUGGAUGCACAGCUGUAGAAUGACUUACAUUAUUUCUCACUUCUCUUGUGUCAUUAACCAAGAGGAGAGUAUAAGCAGAGGGUGGGUGGGGUGGGGAGAUUUCUGUCCCCACAGAAAUCUUAUUCAUAUGUUUUAUUAUAUGCUGUAGCACGGGCACCACUUUAGUUUAAUGGCGUGUUGGAUGAUGGUACAAAUUUAUAGCUAAAGGUUUACAUCACAGACAGCUGGAAUGAAUAACAAUAAAUUAAUUUAAAGUGCUAGAAAAGUGCUCCCCAUAGUAUAUGGUGCCUAUGUGCUCCAGGCCAAUAAUUUAUAAAUGUGUGUCUUUUAUAAUCCUGAUCUAAAGUCUUGAAAGCAGCUAGUUAAAAAGCAGUCACAUGACAUAAAUUAUGUUUUAUUAAUAUUUCAGUUGUGUGAUAAGGGUGGGCACUGUGGCCAUUAGCAUGAGGUGGCUUUCAUUUAUGGCCCGAGCACUUGGAAGCGUGUAACCAAAUCUCAAAGAUAUCAGCAAUCGCCAUGCUUCAACCACCAUUUGCCAAUGAGGGAUGUAGGUAACAUACUAGGCACCCAACCCAGCACAAAUCAGUUGUGCUUAAGUCUCCUUGAAAUGAAUGGGAGCUGCACAAGAGCAGAGGGGAAUUUUCCCACAGGGUUCUCCCUCACAAAAUAUAUGUGAGUUCAGAUGCUGCCAACAACUCAAGCGGUAAAAAGAAGCAACUUUAAGGGGGAAAUACUGUGGAGAAAAUGUACAAUUCUCUUUCUUGCUUAAGGGCAUAAGAAGAGGCUGCUGGAUCAGGCCAGUGGCCCAUCUAGUUCAGCAUCCUGUUCUUAUCGUGGCCAACCAGUUGCCUCUGGGAAACCAGCAAGCAGGAUUCAACCACAAGAGCCCUCUCCCCACCUGUGUUUUCCAGGAACUGGCAUUCAGAAACAUUUCUGCCUCCAACAGUAGACAAUGAUUGCAGAUUGCUGGCUCCCAGUUCCCGCAUGGUUACACACAUUCUGCAAAAGCGUCUAUCCUGUUGUCAAUGAGCUAUCCAUUGUCAAUUCUGAAUUCAGUGAACUGGUUUGCAGAAGAUGAGCAGCUGAUAAUGGAGUUGAAAUGACUAUUCAGAUGGCUUUGCCCAUGAAAGAACUGCAGCUCAAGACAGGCUGAGAUCCUAAGUCCAAUUCCAUCCUUAUCCUCUUACCAAUGUUUACUCCUUAGUAAAUACUAUUGAUUUCACUGGGACUAAUUUCCAAGUAAAUAUGCUAAGGCUUGCAAUGUUACCCAGUGACGGGCUUAAUUAAAAUCAAUGGAUCUCUUCUUUCCACCUCAAUAUUUUUGGGAUCGUGGUAAAAAAUUGAACAUACAGGCACAGCAAGUAAGCUGAGGAAGAUACAUCUGAAGGUGAUUUUGACUUCCUUUAAGAGGAGAGCAUCAUCUCUCGAAUGAUGUCACAGGAUUAGAGAAAAGUCUUGCCUGCAGGCAAACAAAUGUGUGUGGAAAAGGGUGGCAGGAAUAGAGGCAAGCCAGAAAUUGGCAGCUUUUAGAAUGAGGCUGAACUGUUGUUGUUGCUCUUGUUAUCAUCCUAGCAACCAAAUGCUUUCAGUUAAAAUUCUAGAGAAAGGAUGACUCUCCUAGUGCUUGCUAUUCACAAUGACAGACAAUGUGAUGUGGUGGUUAGAGCCACUGGGCCUGGGAAGACCUGGCCAGGGCCAGCUUCAGGGUUGAGGAGACCCAAGGCAAGAUGUUGUCUGGUGGUUGUUCUACUACAGUGGGUUUGACGGAGGCCAAGUGACGGGGAUUUACUGUAUUUUUUUGCUCUAUAAGACUCACUUUUUCCCUCCUAAAAAGUAAGGGGAAAUGUGUGUGCGUCUUAUGGAGUGAAUGCAGGCUGCACAGCUAUCCCAGAAGCCAGAACAGCAAGAGGGAUUGCUGCUUUCACUGCACAGCGAUCCCUCUUGCUGUUCUGUCUUCUGAGAUUCAGAAUAUUUUUUUUCUUGUUUUCCUCCUCCAAAAAUUAGGUGCGUCUUGUGGUCUGGUGCAUCUUAUAGAGCAAAAAAUACGGUACUUUGGUGGACACAGAAACUCCAGGUGGUCAUAUUUUUGUGUGACAGUAUCCAACUAAAUAGUUCCACUAGUGCAAGGAUUAGAACUAAUGUGAUGGGGUCCCCUCCUCUUCCUGUUGUGCAUGACCUGUCUGUCCCUAAAUUUGCUCCAGAAGGUUUGGGGAGCACCUAGAAUCAAAUUAGGGGGUAUAUGGGGGGAGGAGAGGGGAAGAAAGUUUCAUUGCACAAGGAGAGAUUCUUGCACCGACAGAAGGUUUUGCUUAGUGUUGCACUGAAUGCAACCCAUAGUUGUUGUCUGGAACAUAAGGGGGACACGGGGGUGGGGACUGGCUUCACAAUGUCCUGGAAGCUGAAAACAAAGGUGGUGGUUGCCAGGACCUGUUAAUGGUAGGGCUCAGGGCAAGCAUUAAGGGUUGGGUCUACCUGGGUUCUGGUGUGACAGCUGCUGCCCAAGAAUGCCUGGUGCUGAUGCCAACUCUGGCCUGAGUUCAAAUCAGACAAGGGAUGUGCAUUUGUUUCUUAAGAAAUGAAAACAUGAAACAAAUGGGGUCCAUUUGUUAUUAAUUAAGAAACAAAUGCCAGAGUCAUGAAUGAAUUCAGAAUAUCUUCUAUACAUUCGUUAUCCUUUUGGAACACAUUCUUUUCUCCUUUGCUGCUGGGAUAGGUCAGUUGAAGGUUACAGGAAGGAGGGAGAGAUGGAGUGGGGAAAGAGGGGAUUGGCGCUGUAAACUGUUGAGCCUUAAGCUCAGAUAUGUUCCCUUGCGAUUAGUUGUUAGUUACUUGUAGUUUGUAGCUUACCAGUUCAGAUACUAGUUAUUCUAAUGAAUGUCUGUGUGCUUUUUUGACUGCAUAUAAAAUGUGGACUCCUUUACCUCUCUGUCUGACAUUUGACAGGUCUGAUCCUUUUGCAGGUCAGCAAAAUGCCUGAAAAUAUAAUACCAGUUGGAUGGAAAACACAGCACUUAAAGGCAGCAGAAGAGCAGUCUGGUCUCCCGUUAAAAGCAAAAGAAGAAUGGGAAUGA